UCUUCUUGUGGGCGGCUGGUUCAGCCAGAUUUACUCACACUCCCCUGCUGUAGCUUUUGAACACGACACGGAACGUCAGCGUUUUGUCUCGCUGGACGGGCGCCAUUUUUUGGAUCCAGACAUGUUUGCCUUCGCUGGGGAACUCGAGCCCAGGAGGUUCAGCAGGUUCUGAUGACCAUGAUUUUGACCCCACCGCUGAGAUGCUGGUGCAUGACUUUGAUGAUGAACGCACACUGGAGGAGGAAGAAAGGCUGGAGGCGACAGACGACACCAAUGUUAAUGAGAUUGAAGACCUUGCACGGGAAGGUGAGAUGCCCAUACAUGAGCUGCUGAGCCUUUAUGGCUAUGGGGGUAGAUCACCAGCAGAGGAGGAAGAGGAGGAGGAGGAAGAGGAGGAGGAAGAACCUGAGGAUGAGGACGACGAGGAAGAGGACGAAGAGGAGGAUCUUGAUAACGAUGAAAGCAGCAGAAGCACUGGGGAGCUGAAAAGAACUGAGGGUGUUGAGGACUUUAAGACCUCGUCGGGACAGGGGAGUGACGCCCAGACCACUUCUGAAGUUCGCACGCGCUCAGUCAGGUCACUCGGCACAGCAGAGCUGAUUCGCUCCCAGAAACUCAAGUACUUUGAAAGUAAUGAUGCUGAGGAGGAGUCUGAUGAAGAUGAGGACUACGUUCCAUCUGAAGACUGGAAAAAGGAAAUCAUGGUGGGUUCCAUGUACCAGGCAGAGACGCCUGCUGGGUUGUGUAAAUAUAAAAACAAUGAGAAAGUUUAUGAAAAUGACGACCAGUUGUUGUGGAACCCUGAACGUCUCUCUGAGGGCAAAGUGGUGGAGUUUUUAACAGAAGCAUCACGGCGGACGGGGGAGGAAAAGGGGGUGGAUGCAAUCCCUGAGGGAUCCCAUAUCAAAGACAAUGAACAGGCCUUGUAUGAACUGGUGAAAUGCGGCUUUGACACAGAGGAAGCUCUGAGAAGGCUGAGGUUUAACGUCAAAGCAGCCAGAGAGGAGAUAUCUGUGUGGACAGAAGAAGAAUGUAGAAACUUUGAACAAGGACUUAAAGCUUAUGGAAAAGACUUUCAUUUAAUACAGGCCAACAAGGUGAGAACUAGGUCUGUAGGAGAAUGUGUGGCCUUUUAUUACAUGUGGAAGAAGUCUGAGCGUUAUGAUUUCUUUGCACAGCAAACCAGACUGGGAAAGCGGAAAUAUAACCUUCACCCCGGUGUCACAGACUACAUGGAUCGAUUACUGGAUGAGACAGAGAGCGCGACGUCCAGCAGGGCGGCGUCGCCUCCUCCCACCACUUCUAGCAGCAGCACCAGCCACUCCGAGAAGGAGGAUGGCAGCAGUCAGAACGGUGUUACAAACCACCCAAUAGAUUCUUCUCAGUUGGUUCCGGUCAACCCAGUCAAACCUGAGGGCGUCCGGUCCAAUGGUCCCUCUCAACCAGAGAGGGAAGCUCCUCCCCCAGUUCCAGACAACGACUCCAACGGCUGCAGCAAGCCAAGCGCUCCCAAUCACGACAGAAACGGUUCCGUGGACUCGGUAGCAGAACACGCGGCAGAGGUCGCACACGAAAGGCCGGCCAAGAAGUGCCGGACAGAGGCCGAGCCCCUGAGCCAAAGCGAAGUGGAACCAUCCAGAGCACACGAGAAAUGACAUGUUCAUCUGUUGGCUGAGGAGAACCGGAACAAACUCAUUCCGGCGUCUUUUACCGGGGAAACAGGAAGACGGAGCGGAGCGUCUGAUGAGAACAAGCAGUUGGAAGAUCUCUAAGAGAAGAGUGGAGUACACGGCUGGAUUGAAUUGCCCCCCACUCCUGAACUACCACAGAGAAAUCAUGGACUAAUAGACAUCUUCUAUCCAUCUGUUCCAUUCUUUUAGAGACUGAUAACAUUUUGCCAAGAAUUUUGCUUUUCUAUUUGUAAAAUAGAUCACCUGUGAUAUUUUUUUACACAAGAUAUUUAUAUUUUUUAACCAAAUAAAAUCUAAUAAUGGGUCUUUGUUCAAGCCAUUGUUUUAUUGUCAUGAAUUAUUAAAGUUGGACAUGCUAUGAAGCUUGCGUGUGAGAUGCCAAAAAACAAAAAAAACAAUGCUAAAUUGGCAAAAACCCUGAGCUGGUGACUUCACCGGCAGAUGUAGUUGCACUUUGACAGCAUGUUUCUCGUUUUUACCGAUAAAGAGCAACCCCAGCGGACAUGCCUUCUCACUCUUCCCUUUUCUGUCACAGCUGUUUGUUGUUGAUGAUGAGUAAGCCGGGCAGUUGCGCCCCCCGCAGGUUUUUGUGUAAAGCAGCUGACAUCUGUGAUGUCUUGUAUUAUGAGUCGCCGUUUAGAUCUUUGUAUUUUUGGAACUUUCUUAGUGCUUUGCUUAACUUUUGUUUUUACUACAGAAUGUUUGGGAUUUUUGUAAACUUUGUACACAUCUUCAGCAGUUGGUACUUUUCUGUUUUUUUUGCAGUUGUAUUCAUCCGUCUCUUAGUCUUCCUUAUUUCCUGAGCUCUUUUUUUUCGUUUUUACUUUGCUUUUGUCUCAUUUAAGUUGGAUGUAAUAAAAAUUAGUCAUUCCUCUUACAGCCUAUGUGCUGAGCUUUGAUUAAAUCUGCUUUUUAG